GUAGUAUUCAUCGGAUGAGACGAGACGAAGGCUCUUAAGUUUAUUCGAGCGAAUUGAAGCUGUCAUUGUGAAACUUUUGUGAUCUUUAACCAUUUUUGUUGUUUUUUAAUCCACGUAAGCUAAGCGGCAUCUGGCAAGCAACUGUUAUUUAUCAUUGCUCGAUUCUGGUAAUAAAUUAAACGAAAUUUUCCGCGCCAUAAUUUGAGAUGGUUUGUCUUGUCGGGCUGCGUAUUUAGAAAGAAUUCCUACGUUCUGUCUUCAGGUCUGAUUGACCACAAAAGCAACUUUGGGGUCGAUUGGCAAAUCAUGAUCUUGACCAUGUUAGAUACCUGGACAUCAUUAAACCAUGAUAAACACCUAAGACAAAACAGUUUGAAGACUGGAAGGGCCACAGAACAAACUUGAAAAGCUACCAACCACACAAUAUCGCCUUUAAUUCUCAAGAGUUCAGGAUUUCAUGAACAGCAACCCUCCAACUAGCACCAUGCAGAACAGUACUUAUCCCUGGGUGGCUCCAACAUCCCUUAGCCACAAAAGCUGGCCUCCUGGAUACCAGGCCAGUUUAACUGACCUCUUUCUUAAGAAAAACCCCCUUCACUUUGGAACAGGUAUUUCACAGUUAGCUGCAGCAUCAAGCUACAUAGAAAAAAUGUCCUCUUUUAAUGAGCACUCUCAGAAGUGCCCUCACCCAGAUGCAAAGGAUAAACCCUACCCUUGUGAGGUUUGUCAACAAUACUUCUCACUAUACAGUAGCCUGAAGUCUGACGGGGCUUGCAGUAGUAGUAGCUCCUGCAGCAUGUCUACUCACCCUAGUAUCAGCCGACCACUGAGUGCCCCACCUGAGCGGAAACAGCUGCCACCAACAUCACAGUCACCAACUUCAGCUGCACAAAGUUCCAGCCAUCCUCAGCAGUCUCCUCUUGCCCUUCUUCCACCUCCUCCACCACCACUACCUUUACAAAUGCCUGACAGAUCGCAGACUAACCAUGUAGACUCGCCAAUGAACCAACAGCAAACCCGUCGGCCUCGGCCAGCACCAACCAAGCAGUUCUUGUGCCCCGUUUGUCACAAGUACUUCACCCAAAAAGGAAAUCUAAAAACCCACAUGAUGAUUCACACAGGAGAGAAACCUUAUGGCUGCCAGGUGUGUGGUAAAAGGUUCACCCAGAAAGGCAAUGUAGACACACACAUGAAGAUUCAUACAGGAGAGAAGGAGUUCUCGUGUGACACUUGUGGCAAGAGCUUCACCCAAAAAGGAAACCUGAAAACGCACAUACGGAGUGUGCACACAAAAGAAAAACCAUUUGCGUGUGGAGUUUGUGGGAAAUGUUUUUCUCAGCGUGGAAAUAUGCAUACUCAUGUGAGAACCCAUAACAAGGAUGAUCGUUUCCCUUGCACUAUGUGUGGAAAGACAUUUUCACAAAAAGGAAACUUAAAAACUCACAUGCAGCGUCAUACAGGUCAGCUGCCUUCUCGUCGCUACGGUUCUCGUGGUGGUUCACGUUCCUGCUCCAAUGGAUCCCGCCCAAUAAUCCAAGGUUCCCGUUCAAACAUAAAUCAAUUCUCGUCUUACUCAGUUCAUGGCUCCUCUCCAGCUCCACCUACUUCUGGAUCUCCACAAACUCACUCUCCUUCUCUGAACCCUAUUAAUCUUGGUAAAUCUUCUCAAUCUCUAAAUAACCCACCUAGGCCUACACCAAGCCCUUUUCAAAGUGUUACUAAAACAACACAAGAAUCACAUUCCCAAUCGGUUCCUCCUCGCAGUUCUCCUCUUCCUCAGGUAUCUGCAAACACCUCCUUAGGAGGGGUUCAUAGAACUCCCUCAUCCACACAACCAUCCUCUGUCUCUAGCCCAUCACCUCCUGGCAUGUUGAGCCAUCCAGCAUAUCCCCACCAGCCAUCUCCGACUCUCGCACCUCCUUCAGAAUGUAUGAUCCACCCCGUGAUGCAUAGUCCUCCUGUCAACAAUUCUCAGAUGACUCACAUCAAGAGUCCGUCUCCAUGUGGCACUCCUGGCCAGUUGCAGUUCUCUGAACAAGAGAGUCGGCCCUUCUACUCUGCUCCGCCCACCCCAGUUCCAGCUCCACUGGCUCAUUCCCCAAGAUGGCUCCCUCAUGGCUAUCAGAGACACUACAGUAGCUUUCAGCCCCCAUCGUCUAUGAGCUCCUAUGGUCCAAUCUCUCAACACCCCACUCCUCUUUCACGUCUUGCUCUUCUCAGCUCAAAUGCAAUGGCUUAUCAUCAUACCCUUGGAAGUCCUCUUUCGGAAGACAAACAGAACACCAACAAUCUUGGGUUGUCAGGUCAUCACAUGUCAGAUGACCAUUUCCAUUCAUCAACAAGCCCCGACUUUUCUCAGUUGCUCGAUUGAUAAAAGUGACCAAGCAUUGUUUGUAAGAAAGACAGUGACUUUUUAAAUAGAAUAUUGGCUGAAAACAGUUGGCAUUAGUCAUAUCUUUGGAAGUAUCCAGAGCAAGCAUCUGAUUUAAAAACUACUUAAUAUAAGUGAGUUAUGAAUUGAUAUGCAAGAUGACAGUUUGAAGUAAUGAAUAUUUCUGAUCCUAAAUAAAUCUCGGUCAAGUUGUGUUUCACUCGGCACAAGCUACUCAAGGAGGUUGAUCCAUUCCCAAGUGAAAGAAGUAUACUACACACAGUGUGCAUUUAUCAUCCAUGUGGAAAGUUCUUACAUUUCCUCAUCUCUGCAGAUCACAUAGAACUUAAAUACAACUUUCUUUCUUUUUUUUUUCUAACACAUUAUAAAUUAUGAUGAUGAAACACUUUUUGCCACUACUUGUAUCCAUAUACAAUGGCCUGAUGUGAAUUCGCUUGGUGUUUUAUUAUUGGAAAAAUCAUACAGGAUGCAGGCAUUGGUGCUUUUGUUUGAAAUGUGAUAACAAAACCUAAGCUUAAAGGUGAUGUAUUUGAUAACAUCCUUAUUCUCCAUUUACUGAAAGUUAUGGUCAUUUUUUGGAAGCUGGUGAGAGAUGUUAACUAUUUAAUGAUGGGUGCUGAAUGUACGUGAUAUGAUAAAAUUCAUCAGUGUGUUUGUAGAACAAGUAUUUGUAUUAUGUACUUAUUACUAAUCCAUUUUGAUAAGUCUUUAAUUGAAUAAGGCAGCUUGAGGUUGAGAUUAAAAAAAUCUAAGAUAAUUUUUAUUUGAACUUUGAAAAUGGAGGUUCUUGGAAUAACUUUUAAGAAGAACUGUUUUGUUUGUUUUUUUUCCUUGGUUUUGUUUUACAUACUGGGAGUAAUUUUGUUGCCCCCAAAAAUUAUCAUAUUGCCUGUUAUAAAUUAUUAUUUUGCACAUGUACAAGCACUUGUACCUCUAAAGAAAGGUGCCAGUUUUACUGUUCAUUUGUAUAUAUCCAGAAUGUUAUUAUGAUGCAGGUUUUCAUUGUUGGUUGCUUUUAAAGAAAUUGAUGAUUGAAAAAUUUUAUAGACAAUUGUUGUGUUUGUAUGAAAGUGUGUUUGUUCUUUCAGAAAUGAAGCUCAAGUUUGUUGAAAAAUGAAAAAGGUUAGAGGUCGUGGAGUGUGUGUGUGUUGCAUGGUAUAGUUAAAUUUCUGACCAUCAUUUAAUCUUAAGUUUGUUUCUUUGUUUUUGGAGGAAAAUGUUUAAAGCACUUUAAUUCUGCCAUCUUUGUAUUUUACUGGUAAUUUUUUGCAUUUAUUUCAAGUUAAAAUGAUCAGAUGUACUUAUAAGACUUUUUCAAACAGCUGUUUAGAGUUAAUGUGUGUGUGAUUAGAACAGUUGCUGAAUCAAUCUCUUAAUGUGAGCGUGCUCAGAAGUGGCCUAGUGGUUACGUGUCAAACUGUGAACCUGAGGGUCCAAUGUUUGUCACAAAAAAAAAUCAUGUUCCCCACCUUGAGGUGUUAGAUAUGUUAUAAAGGUGAUGGUCAAAUCCCACUGUUUGAUUUGAGAAGCCCAAUAAUUGGUGGUGGAUGUUAUUGACUAGCUACCUUCCCUCUAGUCUAUCAGCUCAAAAUUAGGGACAGAUACCACUUGUGUAGCUUUGCAUGAAUAUUCAAAAACAAACUUAACAUGUAUAUGUUAACAUUACUCUUUUGUAGCUAAAAUUACAACAACAUGCAUAAUUGUAACAUUUGAUGAUAAUCUUCUUGAGGAUGUAGCUGUUUCAUGCAUAUGUCAGUAUAUUUUCUUUGAAAUACAAGGCAGCAUACUUCAAGUUAUAUUUAGAUUAAUUUAGCAGCUAGUCAAACACUUCAACAAUUACAAAAUCAUACACACAAACUUAUAGAUGUUUCAAAAUAUCUGACCUUUAGGAACCAGGAUAGUAGCCUAAGCAAGGGGGGUUGGUUCAUCCCCCACCUUGACCAAGAAAAAGGUUAGAUCCAUUUUUCGAUUGUAUUUUAGACAAAAAUAAAUUACAUACACACAUUCUAAUUUGUGCAAUUUAAUGGUGACAAUAUUUUGAAGGUGAACCAAUCAUGCAAUCUUUUCUGUGCAAUGUAGAAUUAUCUAAAGCCCAUGGAAAUGUCCAGCACCAGCCAUCUCAGUAUCUGAGAGCCUACUUGCAAGUAUUUGUUCAAACAUCGGAAAUCUUAGGGUCUUAUGGUGAUACACAAAUAAUAAAUUUCCCAGA